UCCACACGGAAAACACACGAAAGACUCCAGUGAGAUGUGAAUGACAGCAAUAAACUGAGGGCAAAGGAAGGAGCUGAGGCUGAUAACAGAGCAGGAACUUUCAUGCUACCUAAAUACCGUUUUCAGACAUGUUUAAGAUUGUGUAAACUGCGUGUCAGAUUAUGGAUUUAAGGAGUGUAAUCGCGUUGUUUGCACUGAUCACAGCUCAGUGUGCGCGCGCAUCGCCGCCGAACUUUGUGCUGCUGUUCGCGGAUGAUUUGGGUUACGGUGAUCUGGGGUGUUUCGGACACCCGAGCUCUCUCACCCCGAAUUUAGACCGACUGGCGGCGCGCGGGCUGCGUUUUACCGACUUCUACGUCACGAGUUCCGUGUGCAGCCCCUCCAGGGCAGCCUUGCUAACGGGUCGCUAUCAGACUCGAUCCGGGAUCUAUCCUGGUGUGCUCUAUCCGGGCUCAAAAGGGGGUCUCCCGCUCAACGAGACCACUGUCGCAGAGGUGCUUAAAUCUAAGGGUUACGCUACAGCCAUAAUGGGCAAAUGGCACCUGGGCGUCGGGCUGAAUGGCACUUACCUGCCCACCCGACAGGGCUUUGACAGUUAUCUCGGUAUCCCAUACUCACACGACCAGGGUCCCUGUCAGAAUCUCACGUGUUUCCCUCCGGAUGUGAAGUGCUAUGGCUUCUGUGAUCAGGGUGUUGUAACUGUACCUCUCAUGUUUAAUGAGAAUAUCAAGCAGCAGCCUGCAGACUUCCUGCAGCUUGAGAAGGCCUACAGUGAAUUUGCCUCUCAGUUCAUCAGUGUUGCUGUCCAAAAUAAGCACCCGUUCUUCCUGUACUAUCCUUCACAUCACACACACUACCCUCAGUAUGCAGGUGCAGACUAUGCAGGGAAGUCUCCUCGUGGGCCGUUCGGUGACUCUCUGAUGGAGUUUGAUGGCACUGUGGGGAAGAUUCUGCAAACUCUGGAGGAGACGGGUGUGAUCAACAACACUCUCAUCUUCUUCACUGGUGACAACGGGCCAGAGCUCAUGCGGAAGUCUCGUGGGGGAAACGCAGGACUGAUGAAAUGUGGCAAAGGCACGACUUACGAAGGAGGAAUGAGAGAGCCGGCCAUCGCAUAUUGGCCUGGAUCCAUCCAACCAGGUGUGACCCGUGCUCUGGCCAGCUCUUUGGACAUUCUGCCCACCUUUGCCAAGCUGGCUGGAGCUGCGUUACCUGAUGUUCAACUAGACGGGGUCGACAUGACAAACAUCCUGUUGAAUCACGGACCGAGUGAAAGACAGGCCAUCUUUUACUACCCGACUAAUCCAAGUGAGAAGUAUAGUGUGUUUGCGGUGAGAUGGACAAAUUUCAAAGCACAUUACUAUACACAGGGUGCAAUUCACAGUCAAAGCACCCCAGACAGCAACUGCUCAUCACUUCCCCUCCUGCAUCAUGAUCCUCCUUUACUAUAUAACUUGGAGGCAGACCCCUCAGAAUACUAUAACCUCAACAGUGCCGAAUGGGACUCUGUGCUCAAGCAAAUCCAGGCCGUCAAGGAGCACUUUGAGGCUUCUAUGGUGUUUGGAGAGAGUGAGAUUGCCAAAGGGAGAGACUCUGCACUCGAGCCCUGCUGCAUUCCUAAUUGCACCCCUAAACCUGAAUGCUGCCACUGCACUUCUGCGCUUUGAAUGGAAGCAGCGGCAAGCCGGCACACUGCCAAAACCCAGCACCACCACAAUAACAUGAAAUUACAAUUCACAAGCCAUCCGAAAGACCGUUGAUUUUCUUGCGAUGAAAAAGCAUAACUUUUCUGGAAUCUUGUUCAGGUUAGGUUCUUUGUUGAAGGAAAACAAAUGAAAAUAUUUUAUAAAAAAUACAGUGUUACAGUUAUUAAUUUUCUCUCUCAUCUCUCAGUUUGCAGACCAAAAUGUGGCUCUGACUAGUUCACUGAUAUAAUAAUAGGCUGUUAACAGUGACUUGUUUCAAAGGGAAUAGAGGAGUAUUACAGUUAUGAAAGGUGUUUAUUGUUAAGCACAAAUGUAUGAAUGUUUAUGUCAUACUGUCCUUUAAGAUUCAUUCAAUAUCAGUCUGCGUUUAACACUGAAUCUUAAUUGUGGAGUGAUAUUUAGAAAUAAAAGGAAGUUAUAGAACACAGGUCUUGAGAUAUUUUAUUCCUCCUCAUCAAACGUACAGUAUACAAGGCUGAACUAGCUGAAUGGCAACUCAUUUAUUAGAGAGUAUAGAAAAAUGCUUAUAUUAAUAUACUAAUUAAAUAUGUAUAUUACCACAUUAUAUUUGCAUGGUAGAAAUUAAACAGUG